GUUUUUCCCUUUAUUCGAUUUCGAAUUAUAGCGGAUAAAGACUGACAGACAUCUUCGCGAAAAUGAUCAAAACGGAUUCAGGGGAUCCAAAAACUUACAAUAUCCGUCGAAAAGUCGAGAUCGAAAAAACUCACGAUCCUGUAAUACCUACUUGUUGGAUGCAUGAAUGUAAAAAUCUUGCAAGUUUUAAUAACUCUCACAUCUCAUAAAGUAAGCUGUGGAAAUAACGGAAUACUCUUAUAUGUCAUUUGAUCAAAAAUAAAAAUGGAUCCAAACAGUGUAGCGUUGCAACGAACCACUCUAGAAAAUCUAAGUCCUACCCUAAGCAAUGUUCUUAUCGUUGGAAUCAUCAUCGGAAAACAAAAACCUCGUAAAUAUCUGGAUACAAAAUCUCCGGUUGCCGGUCUAUACAGGGCGGUAUGGAAUUUUACACUCAGAGACUCGGUUCGCGACUACAUAAAUGUUACUUAUUGGGGCUCGACAGAAGUGAUUUUUCAAGUUAAUGAUAAAUUUCAUACACGGGAUGUUGUGGAAAUUAUAAAUCCUAUUAUUAACGUAAGAAACUUGAAUGACCAUGGAGAACAAUAUCGUCCAAUGGUCACGUCUCCUUACAGUUUAACUUUAAAUGAAAAAUCAUCGAUAAUACGACAUGAAGGUAACAUAAGCGAAUACCUACAAUUGCUCAAACUUCCUACUAAGCCUAUAGCUGGAUUUUUGCCGUUGAGAGACAUACAUAAUAAUGGUGCUGCUAUUACAGAUUUUGUGAACAUAUUAGUGAUAGUUAAAGGUUUAGGACCUAUUCGUACAUGUAAUUCAAGAACAAAUAAUGAAACCUUUACAAUAAGAACAGUAGAAGUUUUCGAUCAUACAAGUCCUAGUCUCAAAGUUGACAUUUGGGAAAACGACAUUAUUCAAAGGUCCGAUCACUGGAGACCGAGAAAUACGGCUCUAUUUAUGACCGAUUUAAAAAUUGCUUGGUCGAAUUUUCAACGUCAAUUUAUCGCUAAAGUAACAGGUCGUACUAUAGUCACCGAGAAUCCCGAGAGUAAAGAAGCUCAAAAGUUACUCAUUUAUGCCAAAAUGGCACCCAUUGAAACUUUCGAUAUUUUGGAUCAAUUAAUUACAUCAUUGCCGAAUCCUAAUACCAUACAAGAUGUAAUGACUGUUAGACAAGUCCACGAUAAAAUGAACAUUUUUUCUGCUGAAAAACAGUUCACAGUUUUGCUAUACUCUUUUAUUUCCGAAUUUGACUUAGAUGGCCUAUCGAGAACACUCUUAAUAAAAUGCGGAAAAUGUAAAGUUGAAAUUAAAACUUCUAAAUGCGAAAACUCCGAAUGUCCAACCGUUUAUGAGAAUGAAUUAGUUGAUCCCGAAUUUAAUUUUGAUAUUAGAGUAAAUGUGACUGAUCAUACAGGCACUUUGAUGAAUUGUAGAUUAAGCGGGCAUGCUGCAGAGGAGACUUUAGGCUGCACAGCUCGAGAGUUUUCCAAUUUAUCAGAUGAAGAAAAGCAGAUGCUUAAAUGGAAAUAUCUGAUGGAACGAUGUGCUGUUUAUGUAGCAGUUUUAUUCGUUGGACAUCAGAAGCCAGUUAUUUCUAUUUUGAAAAUUCGUUUGGAAAACCCUUUGGAAGCUAUCCAAAAAAUAGCAGUUUAUUAAAAUUUAAGAGAAUAAUUAAGUUGAUGUUUGGAUAUCAGGCACCAGUUAAUUCUAUUUUAAAAGUUUGUUUGGAAAACCCAUUGCGGGUUAUCCAGAGAUGGUAUUUUAUUAAAAUUUAAGAUUUAAGAUUAACUUAUUUGACAG